AUGGAGCGAUCGAAGACGGCCUCACGCAGGUUUGCGCCCCAGGGACGUGUCAAUCUCCAGGACUUGCGAUACUCUGCGUCCCGAACUCGCACCAAUUUCACUCGCAUCCGAGGUGGAACCAAGGCCGGCGCGCAGAAGGGUAGCGGCCCGAAAGCGGAUUUCAUCACAUUCGUCUCUCUCGCCUGCGAGAUCUACCAGAGGCAAGACCAUGAUCUCGUAGCUGUUCGGCAGUAUCCGCCCGCUCUUGAAACAUAUCAAGGCAAGGGGCAUACGAGCCUCGUGAGCCACACCCGUGUGGGUGUGGGCUGGGACUUUGAGGAUGACGAGGCGACGAUUCCGCGGCCCAUCCUCCUCGAAGAGUUUGCGCCCCAAGGAGCGCUUGAUAGUUUCUGGAAGAAUUGGAGUUUCGUGAGACUUAGUUUCAAAGCCAACCUCGAGUUUUGCCGGGAUAUAGCGGAGGGAUUACGGGCACUUCAUGCCUGCGGAGUUGUGCACGGCGACCUGAAGCCGGAGAACAUCCUAGUUUUCCCGCGCAAAGAUGCACGCGACUCCUUCAUGGUCAAGUUGACUGAUUUUGGCCAUUCGGCACUCAUGAGCGACGACCCAGAAACCUUGCCUGCGUUUACGCCUUGGUGGUGUGCCCCGGAGGCUACUAGCGCGACCAAUAUGACUUUUGCGGAGCUGAAGUCGACAGACUACUACUCCUAUGGCCUUGUGAUCCUUUCUAUUAUGCUGGGCAGGCCAUUUCAUUUGGAUAUCGACGAUGUUGAGAAGAGAAAACAGGACGGAAGCAUUCUGGAUAAGGCGGUACAACUGCUGGAGAGCGAAGAUAAGAAUAACUACGACUCCGAUCUUGACGUUGAAGCUGUGGCUUCCUGUUGA